AUGUGGAAUCUCAAAGUUACACGCAUCACCCUUGCUCUUCUCGCGAUAGUCAGCGCCUGCACGGCAGUGACGGUGACGGACGUCCGACUGAAGUCGAUGUCGGCGUUGGCAGGGGGGCAAAUGUACGAGGACAUAAGUAGCGGAGACGGAGGUCUUUACGCCGAACUCCUUCGCAACCGGGCCUUCCAAAAAGUCACUCCGGGCACCUCCGCCGCCCUGGUCGGUUGGCAAGCGGUGAACGGCGCCACUAUCUCUGUCGUCGCGGAGGGCACGCCCGUAUCUGCUGCUCUUCCGAAUGCUCUCCGCCUUACGAUCCCGAGUGGGAGGACCGGAGCCGUUGGUGUCGCUAACACCGGCUACUUCGGAAUCAAAGUUACCGGUGGAGCGACUUACACUGCUUCAUUUUCCUACCGCUUCCCAACCGCGUCCUCCUUCUCGGGCAGCGCAACCGUCAGCUUGCAGUCUACUUCGGGCCAAGUGUUCGCCUCGGCGAACGUGCCAUUGGCCGGCUCGCAAACGGCUUGGCGCCGCGUCUCGGUGCAGCUCCGGCCAACGCAGAGCGCGAGUUCGACGAACAACUUGUUCGUCAUCAGUCUGAAUGGUGCGAGUGCAGCGGGGCAGACGCUGAGCCUGGCGAUGCUGUCGCUGUUCCCGCCAACGUUCAAAGGCAGACCGAAUGGGAUGAGAGUAGACCUCGCUGAGGCACUACAAGAGAUGGCACCAUCCUUCUUCCGCUUCCCGGGCGGGAAUAAUCUGGAAGGCCAGACGGUGGCCACGAGGUGGCAAUGGAAUGCGACGGUCGGGCCCUUAGCAGACCCGGCCGUAUGGGAGAUUGGAGCUACAUUAACACAGAGUGCUGGCAUCGGGCUUAUGGAAUACCUUGAAUGGUGUAAGGACCUGAACAUGAUCCCGAUCAUGGGCAUUUGGGCCGGAUACGCUCUCGGAGGAACGAGCGUCCCACAAAACCAACUUGGGCCGUACAUCCAACAAGCGGCGGACCAGAUUAAUUUCGUCAUCGGAGACCCAGCCAGGAGCGCAGCAGCUGCACUACGGGCUUCCCUCGGCCGAACCCAACCAUUCGAUCUUAAAUAUGUCGAAGUUGGAAAUGAGGACUUCUUCGCAGCCUCGUCCUACGUAUACCAGUGGCGCGAGUUUGUGACGGCACUCCAAGCACAAUUCCCUAGCAUUCACUUCAUCGCCACCACCAACACCUUCAACCCAGUGCUUACUCCCAAUCCCACCGAAUACGACGUGCAUGUGUAUCAAACCCCAACCUGGUUCGCCCAGAACUCCUUCUUCUAUGAUGGAUUUCAGCGUAACGGGACCAAAUACUUCGAGGGCGAAUACGCGGCGAUCUCGACCAAUCCGAAUGAUAUCUUCGGGCCGCCUUCUAAUGGUCGACUGGUCUAUCCGACUAUGCAAAGUGCUGCAGGCGAAGCAGCCUUCAUGACUGGGUUGGAAAGGAACAGUGACAUCGUCUUCGCUGCGGCGUAUGCUCCUCUCAUCGGCCACGCCACUAACAACCAAUGGACGCCCAACCUCCUUGCAUUUGACGCUGGCGCAGUAUACAAAUCUACGAGCUUCUACGUUCAGAAGUUGUUCAGUCUCAAUCGAGGUGAGGCAUACAUUCCGAGCACCUUGCCUUCUCGAACCGGAACCCUCUUUUGGAGUGUCGUUCGCAAAAAUGCCGGUAACCAGAUCAUCACCAAGAUCUCGAACACGGCUACAUCGGUCGCCUCGCUGACUUUCGUUCUCCCGUUCGCCAACGUUGCUUCAAGUGGAACCGCCCAGGUUCUUACUGGAGGGGCUACGACAAGCAACACUCCAAGCAACCCAAAUGCCGUCGUGCCCGCCACGAGCACGAUUGCGACUGGGAAGACGUUCAACUACAACGCGCCACCUGUUAGUGUGAGUGUAUUGACGUUCGCUGCGUCGUAA